AUGUCGCUUUUAUUAGGGAGACCUUUUUAUAUCAAACCUUCAAGUGCUGGCGAUAAAAAGGCUCAGCUUAGGGAAUUAUUGUUGAUAGCUCCUGAGCUUAGGACUGACGGUCAACUUUUGGAAAUUUCGAGCUUAAUAGAGGAAAACAGCUUUUUUUCUAGAUUUGCAGGAAGUGGGCAGCUAGCUGAAAUGUCGAGAUAUAUAAAAAUAAAAAAGUACCUAUCAAAUGAAAUUAUAAUUGAACAGGCUGAAGAUAUUUAUGGGUUUUUUCUAAUCCACACAGGAAGGGUAAGGUUUGAAACUGCUUCAACGAUAUCUAAAGAUAUGAUCAAUGGUCAGUGUUUCGGUGAGAACUCAUUAAUUGAUGGAAUUCCACUUAAAGCUACAGUAAAAGCAUUAGACCCAACUGAAAUAAUAGUUUUAAAGAAGCAAACUUUUGAUUUAAUCGCAAGAUCUGUGCUCAAAUUGCAGCAUAAAGCCAAUCUUGAGUUUUUCCAUAGUCUUCCUCUAUUCCAAAAAAUGUCUGGGGAAUUUAUCAAGAAUAUUUCAAAGAAAGCUUACAUUAAAAAAUUCUCGGCAAAUCACAUUCUUAUAAAAGAAGGGGAUUAUCCUCAAGGAAUUUACAUAAUUUCAGAAGGAAGUGUCAAAUUAUCACGCACAUUGAUAUUUUCUAGCAAGGAAAACGCUAUAAAUAAAAGAAAAAUCAUUAUUGACGAGCUUGGCCCUGGUGAUAUGUUUUGUGAGCAUGCUUAUAUAACAAAACAACCUAUAGAAUAUACUGUUGUGUGCCCUAUCCCUCUAGUUUGCUAUUACAUAUCAAAGGAAGAUCUAAGGUGUUUUGAUCCUGUAUUUUUUGAAGAAUUGAAAUUAUUAUGCAAACCUUAUCCUAAGGAUGAAGAACUCAAGCAGGAAUUUUUUGAAAAGCAAAUGUGGAGGGCAUUUCGAGUAGAUAUUGUCAAGAAUAUUAAAAUUGAAAAGCAGCUUAGAAGGUAAAAUAUAUAUAGAUGUCUUGAUAAUCAAUUUAGAAAUCCAAGCUUAAUCCCGAAAAAGAAUUUGGUAUUUGAAACCAAUAGGUUUCCUAGCUUAAAAAAGAGUCGACCUUAUACAACUCCACAUAGACGCAACGCAUCAAUGUUUUAA